AUGCUGCUCAACCUCCUAACAAGGGAAAACAGAAUCUCAUUUAACAGCUGUCUCUUGCAGUUUUAUUUCUCUGCUUCUUUGGCAUGUGCCAAGUGUCACCUUUUAUCUGCAGUGUCUUAUGAUCAUCAUUUAGCAAUAUGCAAACCCUUGCAUUAUACAACACUUACGAAUGUCAGAUGCUGCAUCCUUCUAUCAGCUGGAUCCUGGCUUUGUGGAUUUCUGGCUAGCAUCUGUACUACACUAUAUACAUCAUGGCUGACUUUCUGUGAGUCCAACAAAAUUGACCAUUUCUUUUGUGCUUAUGCACCAUUAUUAGUGCUCUCCUGCAGUGAAACCCACAAAACAGAAUUGCUCACAUCCAUUUUACUCUGCAUGCUUCCAUUUCUUUUAACCUUGGCAUCCUGUAUUUGUAUGAUCACUGCUAUCCUGAAAAUCCCUUCCAGUAUAGGGAAGCAAAAGGCUUUCUCUACUUGCUCCUCCCACCUCACUGUAGUCACAGUUUUCUAUGGAACCCUAACUGCUGUCUACACAUUGCCCAAAACUAAAGCCCUUAGAGAGUUAAACAAAGUCUUAUCUGUUUUUUGUACUAUCCUGACUCCCAUGCUCAGUCCCCUCAUCUACAGCUUGAGAAACAAAAAGUUUAAAAAAGCUUUGAGAAAAGCUAUUGGCAAAUAUAUUCAUUAA